AUGGAUUCCCUGUCUAAAAAGAUCCAGAAUCUGGGGAUUCAUGAUAUUAGAAAUGCUGCUAGAUUUGCCCAGAACGUAAUUGUGCAAUAUGAGCCUUACCAGGUGGAUAUUCGUCGUGCGACGAAUACAGAUUCGUGGGGCCCUACUCCGAAACACCUUUUCAAAGUGAUGCGCAAUAAAUACCAAGUUCCGCUCCAUUUGAUGACCGAGUACACCUUGAAAAGACUGGUGGACCAUAUUGCUGCGAGGCCCAAAAACCUUUACGAGAAAGCGCGCAAGCAAUAUGUGAACUACGGAAAUGAAUGGCGCGUAGUUCUUAAAUGCUUGGUGGUGCUCGAUUAUCUGCUCAUGAAUGUGGACAACGGUUCGGAGCUCGACCAAGUUACAAGUUGUUUGCUAACGCAUAAACACAUCUUGACCCGUGACGUGAUGCAUUUCCGCGUGGACUUCAGCAGUGACGGGAAGAUGGAAGUUCAUGAACGUGGAAUCAAGAAGAAGUGCGAAACCAUGAUCCAGUAUUUGGAGGAUCCUGCUUUUUUGAAAAGAGAACGCGCGAAGCAUACUAAAAAUGUGGCCAAGAUCCAUCAAUCUUCGAGCGCCUACUCAACUACUACAUCUACGCCUGCCGCGGGAGGACGCCAGGAUCCCGUCUAUGGAUCUUAUGACGACGAAGACGACGACGACGACGACGACGACGACUUCGAGGUGGAGGGCAGUGUAGCCCCUACGAAUGUCCCAUCCGCGAGGCAGCUUAGGUCCUCUGUUGUAGAUGAACAGCGACGCCAGAAACGGGAAAUACUCAGAGAAAAAAUUAAAGCCAGUGAGCUACAGCGCAAAGCGUCCCUAAAAAAGGCCCAAGAGCCUCCUGUUGACUUGUUGAACUUUGAUGAUGCCGAACCAGUCCCACAGGCCCCAAACGGAUACCGGGCCUCUACAGCACCUGCCGAAGACGACGAAGAUGAUUUUGGAGAAUUUCAGAGCGAUAGUCAACCUAAGACAACUUCAACAAAUACCACCACUAGCACAAUGGGUGGAAUUGAUUUGUUGGAUUGGGAUGGAUCGGGAUCAGGAUCAAAGAAUAAGGAAACCACAGGAUCCAGUGGUAAAUCAAAAGAUGCAUUUGCGGAUUUGUUUUCGUAUUCCAAAGCUCAUGCUUGA